CGACGCUAAAAGCAAGGUUAGUAAAAAUAAAUGAGAAAGUUUUGUCGUGAUACUGGCUUGUACAUCGUAUCUUAUAUACGCAGACAUCCCACGUAGAUGACCCGACAGAACACCUCUGUGUACCUCGUCGGGUUUGACUGACUUCUUUUCAGACAAAAUGGUCCGCGUUUCUGUCCUCAACGAUGCCCUCAACUCAAUCGUCAACGCUGAGCGUCGCGGAAAGCGUCAAGUCCUCGUUCGUCCUUCAUCAAAGGUCGUCGUAAAGUUCCUUUCUGUCAUGCAAAAGCAUGGCUACAUUGGUGACUUUGAAGAGGUCGAUGAUCACCGUUCAGGAAAGGUUGUCGUUCAACUCAACGGUCGUUUGAACAAGUGUGGUGUCAUCUCACCAAGAUUCAACGUCCAACUUUCACAAAUUGAAAACUGGGUUGCUAUGCUCCUUCCAGCCCGUUCAUUCGGUAAGAUCAUCCUCACCACCUCAUCCGGCAUCGUCGAUCACGAGGAGGCCAGACGUAAGCACACUGGUGGUAAGAUUCUCGGUUACGUUUACUAGAUUAAUGUAACUUAUGCAUAAACCAUUAACAUUGGA